GAAUCUUCCCGACAAGAACCACUCGACGGUGGUGAAGGCCUUCGUGUUCUCCGAGUGCCACUCACUCACUGCCAGCUCGCUCUUCCUCUUCCUCGCCAAGCUCUGGCACGCCGGCCUCAUCAACUCGGGAGACAUGCUGCGCUGCCUGCACGUGCUGGCCUGCUCUGCCCGAUGCAAGAACGAGAUGUGUAUGGGGCUGAGAAAUGAAUG